UCUUCAUUGCACAAACCCAAUCUGCACUUGGUUGUUUGAUUUUUCUCCCUAGCUAGUACAUCUGGGAAAACAAUCCUCCAACAGCUAAUAUGCCUUACAGGAACAAGGAACAAAAUACAAGAUGCUUUCCCUACAAUGCCAAAUGCCAGAGGCAAGUUCUGGCAACAAUAAUAUUUUCAAAAUGCAUUUGUUUUAUCUUUCUACUUAGGAUCAGCCUGCAGGACUUCUUCAUUGUCUCUUUCCCCAACCUGGUUCCAUAUGGCCCUACAAAACCCCACCUGCUAUUAUGGUGUUUUGGUUUAAAGAAAUAUGACAGAUGUUGAAAGUAAAACUAACCUACUAACUGUAUCAAAACUAAAAUGACCAGACCAAGUCAUGGCCAGCUGAUCUCUUGCAAUCUAUGCACAUAUAAUCUGGAGAGCAGGAAGGAUGACGCGUAUUUUUACCUUAAGUGAGUAGUGGGUGGAAGAACCUGUCAUCCAACAAGAUAUAAUUUUUUAACCAGGAAAGAGACCGUUUCAAGUUUCCACCAUUGACAUUUCUGAGGCAAAGGUUCUUAGCAACCUCUCCAGCUAUAUAUCUAUUCCAUUACUGUUGUUGCUGUUGUUCUUAUCUGUGUAACAAAUUGCAUUGCUUCUAACGUCACAGAGCCCUUCCAGAGCAAGCUUUGCUGCUUUCUCCACUCUACCUAAGAGAAGAAGAAGGAGAAGAAGAUGGCUUCCUUUUCUAUGGAAGACUUUGUAGGCAAUGGAGUUCUGAAAGAGCUGCUCCCCAAGUUGUUGGAAGAAGGAUGGGAUGAUGUGCCAACUUUGAAAAUUAUGGACGCUGAGGACAUGGAUGAAAUGAACCUGACAAGGAGACAAAAGGAUGCUUUUGAGAUAAGAACAUACCUGCAUGAUCGCGCUCUGAUGAACUAUGGGGACAGGCUAGAAGCCUCUGGGAAAGGUUUGCCAGAACUUCUUGCCAUCAGUAAUGCCGAUCUGGCAUCACAGUAUGGGAUGAAAAGAGGUCAUGUAGCUCGCUUCUUGGACAGAACCACUGCUUGUACAGAACCUGUGAACAACAAAUCAGAAGUCUUCUCCAUUAGAAAACCUCCAACAACAUCAAGAAGCGACAGCCUUAUCAAAAGUUUUGGGUCUACCACCUCAAGAAAGAUGGCCAGCGUAUCAAGAUAUUCUGCAGCAACCAUGAUGACUUAUGACAAAUCCAUAGAACAGUCGCUGGCUGAUUUCAAGAUCAAAGAUGGGCACGUCUUUAAAGGGGUGAUUUCUGCAGGUCCCGCUGAGCCUCGAGCAUGUGGCUGCAUAGCUGCUCCGCCGGUAGUGGACCAGGUUGUUCCUUAUGCAACCAUUGAAAACAUAACUGUUCAGAAGCUGACUCCCGAGUAUAAGAUUGGGAUGGAGCGCUUGCUGAAAACCAAGGGACCUCCAAUGAAGGCUUCAGAAUUGUGGCGUGACAAACCAGCGGUUAUCCUCUGUAUCAGACGACCCGGGUGCAUCAUGUGCAGAGCCGAAGCUCAUCAGCUUUAUGCUAGGAAACCCUUAUUUGACGCAAUGGGGGUUCAACUGUAUGCAGUUCUCCACGAGCACAUAGAGUCGGAGGUACAAGACUUCUGGCCGCGGUAUUGGGGUGGUGUUGUACUUUUCGAUCGAGGUAUGGACUUCUUCAAGGCUCUUGGUGGUGGAAACCUGCUCAAGGACAAGUUCAUAUCAGGCUUUCUUUUCAACCCUCGAGCAAUUGCUAAUUACAGACGGGCCAAAUCCCUGGGAUUGGACCAAAACUUCACUGGAGAAGGUGAGAUCAAAGGUGGACUUUUCAUAGUAGGAAGGAAGAGGUCUGGCAUUGCUUACCAGUUUGUUGAGAGGAACUUUGGUGACUGGGCUCCUAUGGCAGAAGUAAUUGAGAUCUGCAGAGAGUUGCAGAACCAGCAGCAAGAGCAAGGAGAGUCAAUCAAAUCUUCACAAGACUAUGCUUGAUGCGAUCAAUUAUUGCAUAUGUAAUCAAAGGUCCCCUCAUAUAUUACUGUUGCAUGAGGUUGAAAAAUAGUAAUAUUUCUAGCCUUUGCGGGUUUGUUGUUUCAGUUAGCACUGUUGUUCCGAUUAUUUUUGAGUCAGGAAGAACCCUCUCAGACAAUCACCCAGAAAUUUUAAGGAACCGUUACCUACAAAGACACCUAUACAACGAGGAAUAGGAUAAUGUACUGCUUUUAUUAUUUUCCCUGGAUCUUAUACCUGAAAAAAGUUCAUUUGUUACCUAUUCUUGGUAUUCGUAGAAAAUAUUUCAGACUCUGC